AUGCGUGGUACAGUAAGAAUUCACAUAAAUAGGGAGCCCAGCAGUAGUCAAAUCAUCGGAUUCUAUCAGAUUCAUCUCAUAGACAUGCUCUUCCGUGCCCUUCUUGCUCUCUGUCUCGUCUCUUCCAUUGGAGCAGUCACUUUGGCAAUCUGUCAAAACUACUGUGCUUCUGUCAACGGAGGAGCUUCCUAUGAUAACUGUUCUCCAUGGAUCAGCUUUGCCACUCAAACCAACCAGACCUGCUACAACCUCUGUGUCCAUAACUGUGCUGCUGUCUAUGACGGAUCCUGUAUGACUGGAAACAACUUCAGAUGCUGUUUGGCUACCACUCCAGCCAAGACUCAAGAAUUCAAAGAAUUCAUAAGGAUCGGGCGAAAAAGUGGGUACUUAGUAAGAGCGGACCUUUGGUGGCACCCAGUCGGUCUCGCUUUUGUCGAGUGUGGUGUCGAUGACUGGACGAUAGUCGAGGGAGACGUCUCCGGUCUCAAUGUUCGAUCUGAUGAUCGAGUGCUUGCGCCAGUGAUCCUUGAACUCCUUCUUCGUUUGUCCUUCGGUUGGUUUGCUGUAGUCGAGCUCGUCGACAGCAACGAUGGUUUGAGUGGCAUUGAUAAGCAAGUUUUGGAGCUCGAGGGUCUCGACAAGAUCCGAGUUCCAGACAAGUCCCUUAUCAGCAACCUUGAGGUGAACUUGAUCUUUGUAGAGUUUGGAAAGAAUGUUGACUCCCUCCUUGAGGAUAUCUCCACGACGGAAGACGGCGGCGUGCUUUUGCAUAGACUUCUGCAUGCUAAGACGGAGCUCGGCGGUGGAGAUGUCUCCGUUGUUAAAGCGGAGCUUGUCCAAGUUGGCGACCGAUGCUUCUCCGGCGUUCUUUGGAAGCUCUGGGACUCCGACUCCAGCGGACGUGUUUUUGAGGAUGCUGAAAUAUGA